AUGGCAGCCACGGCUACCUCUGUAGUAACUCGCCUCCUCCUCUUCCGCCUCCUCCUGCCAGUCGUAAGCACUACCACCGCCGUCACGUUCAACAUCACCAACCGAUGUUCCUACACCGUGUGGCCGGCGGCUAUGCUACUGGACGAUGACAACUGGCCAGUGGGCGGCGGCGGCAUGCGGCUGGACCAAGGGAAGACAUGGACCCUCAACAUGGCUGAUGACAUCAGUAGCGGGGACAUCUGGGCACGAACAGGCUGCUCAUUCGACAGCAAAGGCAACGGGUCGUGCCAGACAGGUGACUGCGGCGGCCUGCUCGCCUGCAAGAACCGUGGUGAGCCGCCCUUCACAACUGCUGAUUUUGCGCUCAACCAGCAUGGCAGCAACACUUUCUUCGAUAUCUCACUCCGCAACGGCUUCAACGUACCCAUGGAGUUCCUGCCAGUGCCGGACAAGGGGCAAGGACUAGGGUGCAGCAAGGGGCCACGCUGCGUGGCCGACAUCACGUCGCAGUGUCCAAGCAAGCUCAAGGCGCCGGGAGGCUGCAGCAGCUCAUGUCAAGUGUUUAACAAUCAGGUGCACUGCUGCACCGGAUCCCACUGUGAACCCACCAAAUACUCGGCCUUCUUUGUGCGGAUGUGCCCGCAAGCAUUAAGCUUCUCCAACCAUGCUCCCAAAGAAACCGACUUCAGUUGCCCGACAGGAGUCAACUACCAGGUAGUCUUCUGCCCCCCGAUCAAUCUAGCAUCUUCGCCGGCUCCAAGUCCUCCUAAUUCAACUGCUAUUGGGCCAUCAAGCACAGGACCCUCAUCCAAAAAAGUAGACACAGUUGUUUCAAUUGCAAUUACAGGGUCUGUAGUCAGUUUCAUUUUAACUACCGCAUUCAUCCUUUUCGUCGUACAUCGAAGACUGACACGACGAUGCCAUGAGAUGGAGGAAGAGGAGGCAGAGUUCGGUAAGCUGCAAGGAACACCGAUGAGGUUCACGUUUCAACAGUUAGAUGUGGCAACCGAGCAAUUCAAAGACAAGCUUGGGGAAGGAGGAUUUGGGUCUGUUUACAAGGGACGGCUAGGUGAGGAAAGGAUUGCGGUAAAACGUUUGGAUCGAGCUGGACAGGGAAAGAGCGAAUUCUUGGCAGAGAAAUCCCAUAAGCUCUUGGUUUAUGAGUAUAUGCCAAAAGGAUCAUUGGACAAGUGGAUCUACUGUAGACAUGACAAUACUGCUCCUCCACUAGAAUGGAAGGUACGAUGCAAGAUUAUUACUAACAUAGCUAAGGGUCUCGCUUAUCUUCAUGAGGAGUGCAUGCAGAGAAUUGCUCAUUUGGAUGUCAAACCACAAAAUAUUCUCAUAGAUGACGACUUCAAUGCUAAAAUUUCUGAUUUUGGUUUGUGCAAGCUCAUAGAUAGGGACAUGAGCCAAGUGGUUACUAGAAUGAGAGGCACACCUGGAUAUUUAGCCCCUGAAUGGUUGACAUCACAUAUCACGGAGAAGGCCGAUGUCUAUAGUUUCGGCGUGGUGGUCAUGGAAAUCGUCAGUGGAAGAAAGAACCUUGACACUUGCCGGUCCGAAGAGAGCAUCCAUCUUAUUACUCUAUUGGAAGAAAAGGUGAAGAACGGUCACUUGGUAGAUUUGAUUGACAAGAACAGUAAUGACAUGCAAGCACACGAGCAGGAUGUAAUCCAGAUGAUGAAGCUAGCAAUGUGGUGCUUGCAGAUCGAUUGCAAAAGAAGGCCUAAAAUGUCCGAGGUAGUGAAGGUCUUGGAAGGUACCAUGGAUGCAGAGAGCAGUAUAGAUCACAACUUUGUUGCAACACACCAAGCGAAUUUUGGCAUUGCUGGAAAUGUGAACUCCUCGGCUCCACCUGUAGCCUCACAUCUAUCAGGCCCCAGGUGA